AUGGAGACUGCUCCGCUGAGCCUAGCCCACACCCAUGCGCGAAAUGCUGUCCUCGAGACCCGCAAGUCAAACCCUGUCGCCGCCAGUGAGGAACACGACUUGGCCGCCGGCGAGUUUGCAUCUGCCCUUCAGAACAGCUCGGACCAUGAGGCUCUCCGGACUCUCAAGCUCCUCGAGGGCCACCACAAGAAACUUGCCGAAAUCCUAAGGUUCCAGCAUGAAACCCAUACGACUACCGCCACUGCAGUCACAUCGUCUAUCACUACCUCUCCCAAUCCAGCAAGCCAACCCGCCACGACCGAUUCCACUCACACCAAGACUGCAAGCCAAGAUGCCCAGGCGCAACCUUCACGACCACCCCGACUGGCCAGUCGCGAAUCAUCGUCGAUUGCUAGUAAUUUAGCAUCGGCUCGAGGUAUACCGUCUCAGCCUCGUCGGGGCUCGCCAGUGUCACCGACUCUUUCCGCACACCAAGCGGGUGCGAAGAUGACCGAGCCGCCGUCGAGGCUCAAGACCGGCGAAUCUCGACUUCGAGACGUCCCGAACAAAAAUCGCCAGAGUCGUGCAUCGGCCCCGAGACAACCCUGGUCUCCCCCUUUGCCUAGCGGCCCCGACAUUGGUUCCCAUCAACUUGUACCCCGAGACACGACAGAAUCUUCGCAGCCAAUUGCCAAGCCUUCUGUUACUGAUGAACGGUUCCAGCAAUUUUAUUCGGCCUUUGAAGGACUGGUGUCUAAAAUUUCGGCACCUCUCGCAUUUGCAGGCCUACCUCUGACUUCGGAGGACCCGGCAGGAACGGGGGCUGCGAAUCGUAAAUCCGCCGCCGAGGCCAAGUUGGAUCGUCAUCAUGCUACUCAUGACCGAAAAUCUUCGUUGCCGAAUCUCGACGUAAAUCGGCUUUUCUCUCGAGCUGCGCUGCGAUCCAUCCAAGACACUCCCGGUGCGAGUCCUGGCAAUGCAGCCGAGUCGUUCUACGUGGUUCCAACAACAGGUGGAACAAUGUCUUACGCUGGCAUAUUGACACGAGCCGAAAAGGAAGCUCGUCGAAACAGUCUGGACGACGGCGAAGAUGAUUUUGUUGAUGCGCGGGAAAUGCCAUCUUCCCCAGAAAUGCUGCAGAGCUCGGCCAAGAAAACAUCCCCAGGACGUACGCGUAAUGAGCCCCCGGGCAAAUUUAACGCCCUGCAGAACCCCAAAACAAUGGAAGAGCUACAGAUGGAAAACCAGGCAUUGAAGCAAUUGUCGGAUACCCUUUCCAAACGCCUACACAUGUGGGAGGUAAAUGCACAGUCUUCCUCGAUGGCGCUACAGCAGUCGCUGAGGGCGAUGCACCACCAUAACACUGGGUCCGCGGAUCAUAUACCCCCGGCCCUCUCCGGUGCUACUUCUAUAGCGGGGCCAUCUAUGUCCGAGUCCGACCCCCGAGUCAAAGAGCUAGAGGACGUUGUCCGACGGGGCGAGCAAGAAUUGGAACGCAUUGGACGCGAGAACGACAAGUUAAAGAACAUCCUGGGACGAUAUCGGGACCGAUGGGAAAAGCUAAAAGAAGGUGCUAAGACCCGGCGCGAGAGUCGUGUCGCCGAUGGUGAAAAUGGUAGUGGUAAAAAAGCAGACGCCCCGGUGUCUCCGCAGUUACUAGACUCGGAUUCGCCCAAUCGAUCUGAAGCCGAAGGGAAUUUAAAAGUGGACAACCACAAUGCUUAG